AUGGGCUCUCACCAUUUCCCUGCCCGGAGUGUCCUCUUUGAUAGGGAAACAAGCGGAGUGACAUACCGAGUGCCAGCACUUCUCCACAUCCCCUGCAUAGCGAAGCUGAUGGCUUUUGCAGAAGAGCGGCUGAGCGAUGAUGAUGCUCAUACCAACUUACUGGUGCUGAGAAGGGGCACCUUCUACAAGAACUUUGUGGAGUGGGAAGAUACGAGGGCCCUUAAAACUGCAACUCUGGCAUACCACCGGUCCAUGAACACUUGCCCUAUCUAUGAUGAGCUUACGGGCAUGGUUUUUCUGUUAUUCAUUGCUGUGCUGGGCAGGUCUCCUGAAACCUUUCAGAUCAUCACAGGCCAGAACACUGCCCGCCUCUGCUGUGUGUCUAGUUCUGACCAGUGCAUCAGCUGGAGCCAUGUGACUGACCUCACCCAGCAGGUAAUUGGCAUGUCCAUCAAAGAUUGGGCCAUUUUUGCUGUAGGUCCUGGCCAUGGCAUUCAGCUCAAGUCAGGCCACCUGCUGUUGCCAGCCUAUGCUUACCACAUCGACUGCAAAGAGUGUUUUGGGAAACUCUGCAAAACGACCCCGCAUGCCUUCACCUUCUAUAGCGAUGACCAUGGACAAAGCUGGCACUUUGGUUAGUUCAUCCCAAACCUGCAGAGCAUUGAGUGCCAAAUGGUGUCAGUGGAUGAGGAGGACGGACGCAAUGUGCUCUACUACAAUGCCAGGAGUCCCUUGGGCUUCCGGGUGCAGGCGCUUAGCACUGAUGAUGGAGCCGUGUUUCAAUCAGGCCAGCUGGUGCAGCGGCUUGUGGAGCCCCCCUAUGGUUGUCAUGGCAGCAUCAUUGGGUUCCCAGCUCUGCCCUACUAUAUGCAUCACAGCGUUCACAUCUUCCAGAGAGAAACGUGAUCUGUUAAAGGCGUGGGCUUCCUACCACCACAUGGAACGGAUAAGACAUGCCAGCCUUGUCUUGCUCCACCUACUUCUUCUUCUGGAAGCCAGCCUCUAAGUCAUCAACAGCAUCAGGAAACAAUCACAUCAUCAUCCAGACCUUCUAGUGCCUUUUGCGGGCACAUCUCAGGUAAAGCACAAAUCGAUAAGGAACAUCAUAAAGGCAGAACUGUUUCCCAAACAGACUUUUCUUUCCAAAUGCCAACGUGGGUGCUCUAUUCCCAUCCAACAACCUCCAGAUCCCGAGUCAACUUGGGGGUUUACCUCAGCACAUUUCCCAGGGAUGCCAACAGCUGGACUGAGCCCUGGGUUAUUUACGAAGGCCCCAGUGCCUACUCAGAUCUGGCUUACAUUGAGCUGCCUUACUCAGAGUUCUCAAUAUCCGGAAUCCCUGCCAUAGCCUUUGCCUGCCUGUAUGAGAAUGGGGUGUGGUCCCCAUACGAGCAAAUCUCCUUUAGCAUGUUUACUUUGCAUGAGGUUCUUCAGAACAUUCCUCUAACAACUUCUUCCCCAGGUUUGAAGCAGACAUCAAGUGGUAGAAAGAGAAAGGGGAGGAGCUGUGUUGUUUCUUAA